UGUUCGCCACUUUUAGCGAAUUUCUCAAUUUAUGUGUGUGUUAAGAGGAAAAUCGAAACGAAUUUUAUGGCUGCUGUAAAAUCUUCGUAGAGUUAGCACAGUAAAGUUAUUUCAAAUUUAACAAGAAGUGAUUUAAAUAUUCUACAAAGAGUGAACAAUUGGAAUAUUUUCUUUAACCUGGACGUAAAGCAUCUAAUUGGAGAAUUUGAUAGAUUUGCAUUUCUUAGUGAGCUUUGCUGAAGCCACAUCUUGAUAAUUGACAUUAUUUUGCACAGGGAGAGGUAGUAGCAAUAUUUGUUGAAGCGGUGGAGGAGCUGAAGCAGCACCAGCCGCGAAGGCAGGAACGACUUUUAUAUAAACGGCAGCGAUCUAAGAUUAUGGAUCACAAGAAAUCUCCAGUAAGAAGACAGAAGCGACAAUCCAAAGCGAUCGAGGAGAAUUUCUGGGACUGCAGCGUCUGUACGUACAGGAAUACAGCUGAGGCAUUUAAAUGCCGUAUGUGCGACGUGCGGAAAGGAACUUCCACACGUAAGCCACGACUAAAUUCAGCACUCGUCGCGCAACAAGCUGCCACUUUACCCGGCGCAUCAGGCACCAUGCCAAACGGUACGAAAUCCGCCUCGGGCUCACGGCACGGUGCUGGUCAUGAUAAGAACAAGCAUAAAAAGUACCCGGCCCGUUUGAAGAAUGUCGAUCGCUCGACGGCACAAACGCGCGAAGUCACUGUGAACUCGGUGACAGUGUUCAUUACCGAAUAUAAACCCAAACCGGUGGGCAGCCGACGCGAGUCCAGUGAACAAAGCUUUAGCGAAAGCAAUGACUCACGGAGUUAAAUUUUGUACGCGAUCACACCGAAACGGCAAACAGUUAAAUUCAAAUAGUAAAGAUAACAUAUAAUUCAAUAAGUUUAUGAGGAUUGACACAGUAAUUGUAACUAGGACAAACACGGUUUUAGCUAAUCAAGGAUAUAUACAUAAAUAUUUGUAGGAUAGUAUCUGGAGUUUUUUGUAAAAGCGAUUUGCAUAUCGUUGCUGGGCACAUUUAGCCACUAUUGGCACGUGCCGGGAAGUCGGAGUACGGUUCUGUUUGUUGUAGCAUUUUGUACGUCAACAAAUUUCGUUUGAUUAUUUGCUAACACAGCAUAUAAAAUAAUAGCUGUAGCACAGACUAUGAGGGCUAACCUCUACUAAAAUGCGCGAAAUUCUGUGCAGCAACACUGCCUUCAGUUCUCAGACUAGAAGUUAUAGCCAAGACAUUUUUACACACUCAAACAGUAAUGUCCUUAAAUAAAUAAUGUUAAAAGCAAACAAAAAAAAUAACACAAUGAGAAAAUAGCGAUUAAGGACAGCGACCAAUACAUAAAUACAAAAGAAAAAAUAAUAAUUAUAUUAAAAAUAGUAAAC